AGAUGAUCAAUAGUGCGGAAAUGCAAAUGUUUAGUGCAGUACACAGUACUACAGAAAUAGCAACCACAGCCAUCAGUAGUUUGCCAAGAUGAAUCGAGAGCUGUCAUCAUUGGUUUGUUUCAAGAAGGAAGAUGCCAAGUCCUACGCCAGAAACAACCAGUCACUUAAUGUUCCAACCUUUGCCUGUCCCAGGGAGAUCUUCAAGAACAGGCUGACCAAGUUCUACACUAUCAAGACACAGAAUGAGACUCACGUUCAGUUCGACUGCCUCCUCAACUUCCACCUCAAGUCCGGCAGCUAUUUGAGUCGUUGUGUCAACGGGACGUGGUCAGGAGAGGAGCCCAUUUGUGAAGUGGACUAUUACAAAGAUCGUAUUCGGCUGAGCUCCAUGAUAAUCAUACUCUGUCUUUUUGUAUCUUUAUUAUUCCUGGGAUCUGAUUUUUGUAUGUUUAUGAAAAAAAGACUUGAAAUUCGCCAAGAGCACGCCAGGGUCCGUGCAUUUCAGAUCAACAGAAUGUUGCAGUAUGAUAACCUGCGCUGUUCAGCCUACCCCAACUAUGGCCUCAAUGAUAUUAAACUCUAUAUCCCAGAGUUGCAGCAGUUCAUCGGCAUUAAACAUAAAGAUUACAAGCGUGAGCAGACACGCGCCAGUCAAUCGAGCGACGUGAGUGCCGCUGUAUACGACGAAGAGUAUUUUCAAGGGCGCUCAGCUUCCCGUGUGCAAACAGAUGAUAGAAGACAAGACAAGUUCACUCGUGGUUUAUUCUUAUUUCGAAUGAGAUCAAGAAAGAGCUCUAGUGGCCCAAGUUAAUGCCUUGAAGAGAGUACUUGGCCGAACUUGACGAUAGUACGGUACUUGGCCAAACUGGAAGAUAGUACUUGGUCUAACUGGAAGAGAAACAACGUGGCCUAUACUGAUCUACGAUGUUGAGCACUUACAUAAAUAUUUACCAUAGUAUAGAAUAGUUUGUCAAUCAGGAUAUUGAAUCUUAUUGAGCUAGAUCGAAACUUUACAAACGUUUCUACCAUCACAUCGCAAUAACACAUCCAACACAACGCUGUUGUCACAGAUUUAUGUUCAUCACAAUCAUUUAUUGAUCGAGAAAUACAACUGAUAAACGAUAUUUGUAGUGAGACUAUCUCAGAGAAUCAUUUUUAAAAUGUAUAUAUUUAUUUAAAAAGAAGAAAAUAAAAGUAUACCA